AUGCCGAAAACCUUACCAAAACGAACAACGCCCGCUGAUGCGAGCAGCACCAGCCGGGGGAGCGGAGCAAGCACCACCGCAUCCCUUGUGCUCCAGCUCCACCUUCCGGCGCCGCUGCGGCCCGAGGAAGAAGAAAAAUUAAUCCAGCAGGAACUAACCAGUUUGAAAGCCACAGUUUCUGCCCCCACCACAACGCUUGGGUACGAGUCUUCCUUUGGAUACAUCCAUGCAAUCAAGCUAGCACAACAAGGAAAUCUUUUGGAAAAAAGAGUUGGUUACUUGGCAGUUUCUUUAUUUCUCCAUGAAAAUCAUGAACUGCUACUUCUACUUGUGAACACAGUUGUGAAGGACUUACAGAGCACUAAUCUAGUAGAGGUGUGCAUGGCGUUAACCAUUGUCAGCCAGAUCUUUCCACGGGAGAUGAUUCCAGCUGUUCUUCCCCUAAUAGAAGAUAAGCUGCAGCAUUCUAAGGAAAUAAUCCGAAGAAAAGCUGUUCAGGCUUUGUACAAAUUCUAUCUCAUUGCUCCUAACCAAGUCCAGCACAUUCAUGAUAAGUUCCAGAAAGCCCUGUGUGACAGGGAUGUUGGAGUCAUGGCUGCUUCUUUGCAUAUUUAUCUUCAAAUGGCUAAGGAAAACGCAGCUGGAUACAAGGACCUGACAGGGAGUUUUGUAACUAUCCUAAAGCAGGUAGUGGGAGGAAAGCUCCCUAUUGACUUCAAUUAUCACAGCGUGCCAGCACCAUGGUUGCAAAUUCAGCUUUUAAGAAUACUGGGGUUGUUAGGAAAAGACGAUCCAAGGACAAGUGAAUUGAUGUAUGAUGUUCUGGAUGAAUCUUUAAGAAGAGCAGAGAUAAAUCAUAAUAUUACAUAUGCGAUCUUGUUUGAAUGUGUCCAAACAAUUUAUGCAAUUCACCCCAAGUCUGAAUUACUUGAAAAGGCUGCCAAGUGCAUUGGAAAAUUUGUUUUGUCAUCCAAAAUUAAUCUGAAAUAUUUAGGUUUAAAGGCUCUGACCUAUGUUAUCCAGCAGGAUCCUAACCUGGCACUUCAGCACCAGAUGACAAUAAUUGAGUGUCUGGACCACCCCGAUCCCAUUAUUAAAAGGGAGACUUUAGAACUUCUCUAUAGAAUUACAAAUGGACAGAAUGUAAUUGUCAUAGUUCAGAAGAUGCUCGACUACUUAAAGCAAAGCAAGGAAGAGUAUACUAUCAUCAGCUUAGUUGGCAAAAUAGCAGAACUAGCUGAGAAGUAUGCCCCUGACAAUGAGUGGUUCAUCCAAACAAUGAAUGCCGUGUUCUCAGUUGGAGGAGAUGUUGCGUAUCCUGAUAUCCCAAACAACUUCCUGAGGCUGCUGGCUGAAGGAUUUGAUGAUGGAAAAGAAGAUGAACAGCUGCGGCUCUAUGCAGUACAGUCUUAUUUAGCAUUACUAGAAGAAGAAGAUGCAUUCUAUCCGCAGAAAUUUCUUCAAGUUAUGAGCUGGGUUUUGGGGGAAUACUCCAGCCUUGUUACAGAUGUUGAUCCAGAGAUUAUUUUGACACGGCUGCACAGGUUGCUGAAAAAGACUUUUGUUACUUCUGAAACUAAAGCUUGGAUAAUGGCUGCAGUCACCAAAAUAGCAUCCCGUACUUCGUGUUCUAAAACAGUUGACAAACUAAUCCAAGAAUUCAGCACCUCUCUAGAUACCUGCAUGAGGCAAUAUGCCUUUGAAUUAAAGCAUCUGUGUGAAGACAAAGUGUUGAUGAGAAGCUUGCUUCCUUUUGAUGCUAGUUGCAACGACAUAGUGGUAGAUGCUUCCUUAUCUUUCCUGGAUGGGUUUGUGGCUGAGGGACUUGGCCAUGGUGCAGCACCAUAUAAACCUCACCACCAGAGGCAAGAGGAGAAACUUUCUCAGGAAAAAGCUCUGAAUUUUGAACCUUAUGGAUUGUCAUUUGCUUCAAGUAUGUCUCCAUCUGGCUUCGCUGGCAGACAGUCCCCCACUGGUUUAUCUUUUGGUUCUGAUACGUCUGGUAAUAGCGCUGAGACAGGGCAUAAAGAGACAAAUAGUCUGAAACUUGAUGGAGUAAAGAAACUCUGGGGAAAAGAAGGCUAUCUUCCAAAGAAGGAAAACAGAACAGGGAAAGAAGGUGAACCUCUGACUGUUCCUUGUAGCAGCAGCUUAUUAGCCGGACAUGUGGCAGAUCCUCCUGUGUCACACUCUGAUCAAGUUGCCAGCCUCUCUGAGGAAGAAAAAGAGAAGCAGCAAUUAGCAUCAACGUUGUUUGUUGGGCUAGGAUCAAAUGCUGGUGUCAGUCUGAUGGGGAAAGGAGACAUGGCUACUCAGAAGUUCAGAAGAAAAUCAAAGAUAAACGAAACUCAAAAUUAUGAGGAAGCAUCAGACAUCCAAAAUAGCACUGCUUCAUCUCUUGUUCCCUUGCUUGAUACAGUACCUAGUAGCAAGGAAGGCCACGAGAGAGAUGAACACACAAGGUUAAGGAAGGCCUCCCUGUGUUCUUCAGAUACUUGGGAAGAUAAUUCAGCGCUUGGAAAACCUCAGUCCUUAAAGAAACCUGAACUGGAUAACAAACUUUCAGAUAGUAGGCUGUCAUCGUCCUCUUUGUUUGCUGAUAGUAAUAUUGAAAUUUUUCAUCCUUCGCCAAGCGCUCAGUGUGAAAGUGCCAGUAAAACCCUGUUGACCCCUUCCUUGCCAGGAGAACUAGCAGAGCUCCCUCACUCGGAAGUAGUGGAACUUUGUCAGAGUGAUGACCUAGCUCUGCAUUUAUGUAAGGUGUGGACAAAUGACUCUUUGCUGCUAAUCAUGUUUGUUUCAAAUAAAAACACUUCUGCUCUUAAUGCUGUGAACCUCAUGUUUGAAAAAGCAGAACAUUUUCAGAUUUUGGAGAGUCCAGCCUACCAUUUUGCUGUAAUAGAAGCUCAGAGCGUGGAACAUUGCCAACAAUGUGUGCAGAUGGACAAAAUCUGUACACAGGGGAUUCUUUCUGGCUCCAUUAAUUACCAGUCAGAGAUGGAAACUCGCCUUGAAUUUUCAGUAAUUUUAUCAUUGUUGGACUUCAUCAGGCCAAUGGAAAUGACUACAGAAGACUUUGGGAAGCUGUGGCUGUCCCUCUCCAAUGAUGUGAAACAGAAUCUAAAAAUGUCAUCUUCUCAAGAUUCCUUUUCAGCAGCUCUGAAUACACUGCAACAGAAGCUAAAACUCCAUAUAGUUGAUAUUAUAGGUAAUGAGGGAAUACUGGCAUGCCAGCUGCUUCCAUCCGUGCCCUGUCUGCUGCACUGUCGUAUUCAUGCAGGGAUGCUGGCUUUAUGGUUCAGAUCACCUUGUUCUGCUCUUCCAGAUAGUUUGCUCUAUCAGUGUCAAAAGGUGAUGGAAGAAUCCUAAUAAUAAUAGUGCCUGCCUUAAUGUGUUGAUGUAUGAAGAUCAAAUGGAAGAUUUAUACAGUUACAUGAUAAUUACCAAAGCUAAAUUAAGAUACUGAUUCUGAGAAGUAUUAAAAGUUUUCUUUCAACUGGCGUGUGUCAUGUGGACUUGUAGGGAGAAAUGAUGAUGGAAAGUAUGCCUGGAAAAACAUGCUCAGGAUUAUACAGUCACUGACAAGUCAUCUACUAAAGUAUUGUUACCUGUUUAAGUGAAAUGUAUAUUUCUUUCUUUUGUUGUAAAUGACUGAAAGUAUUUAUUUUUAUUAUGUACCUUUUAUAGAUGCCAACAGUCAUUCCUCAUAGAAACUACAUAAUAUGAUUUUUAAGGAAAAUGUAGCUCCAUUAUGAUGUCAGACUUGAACAUUUUAUCAGGAUCUUCUCAUUUUGUUUUUAAGAGUUUUUCUAAAGUGUUUUUUUAAAUGCUGUUGGCAAGGAGACCUGUAUUGGUUGUUGUAUGAUGUACCUUAUAUAAAAACGGAUGAGUGUUUUGAAAAUAAUUAAAACAUAACUAAUACAUUUCCCAUGAUCUUUGAUGUUACCAUUUAGGUAUUUAGUGGUAAUAGCUAAGUAGGAUCCUGGUGGAAGACAGGCAUGUGAAAGAUUGUUCGGAAGUGCCUCGUGGGGGAUGAUCAUCCAAGGCUCUCCUUCCUGUCUGCGCUGCUUCCUGCCUGUUGUUUCAGUCAUGUUGCCUUUGCUUAGGGUUCUGCAGCGGUUGCCAAAUCUUUGUGCGUGUCCAAAGAUAAGUUUCAGGUGGAUAGAGUUGGAGAGGACUGAGCUGGUGUUCAGUCCUCUGGACUGGUGGGGUGUUGCUAGUGGACAUACUCAGAGCUCUCCACUCUUAAUCUAAUCUAUUUAAUUUGGCAGAUAUCUCCGUCCGUGAAAAUUCACAAGGAAGAAACUAUUUUUACUUCUCUUUCUAAUUCUAAUUAUUAGUAGUUUGCCUGUAAGACUGUGCAAACCUUUGACUUGUAUGGGUUUGGCUAUAUUGUAGGUGCACGGCUAGGAACUGCUGUAAGGCGUAAGAGGUCUAAAUCAGUCCAGCGUGCAUGCUGAGUGUGUCUGGAUGUACUUCAUAGCCUUGAAAAUCUAGUGAUUUUAAUUGUAAAUGUUAAAUAAUAUCUUUUGAAUACUAUUUGCCAUUAUUUAUAACUGGUUAUACUUUUUAUUUAAAAACAUAAGAUUGUACAAGCAUUUCUCAGAUAUGGUAUAAAUGGAUUCUGCAAUGGAACUCUCUCCUUUCUAUGUUUAAUAUUAACAAAGAAAUUCUUUCUAGUAUUUCAGUUUUAUCAAUUCUCACCUGAUAAACACUGAUUUUUUAAAUGAAAAUAUUCUGUUAAUUUGCUCAUGUUUUGCUAAAAGUUCAUGAAAUCACAGUAAGACUACAGUAUUGGUAUGCUGAUAGUUAAGUGGUGUGGGUUUACUUUGUUUUUGUUUUUUUUUUUAAAUUCUUAGUCCAGCCACUUGUAUUAUCACAAGUACGAUCGCAUGAGGAAAGUUCCUUUUUCACUGCUGUUCCAGUACCCUUUUAUUGAGGGAUUUAAAGUGCACUGAACCUGUAAAUAUAUUUAAUGUUCUGUCUACUUUAAUCAAGCUUACUUGACACUUCAGGACAGUUUCUACAAAUGAAAACUGAUUUGUAGUGGAAUAAUUUCCAGCAAACUCUUUUUUUUGAUAAAUCAGACUUCUGUGAUGCAUUUUGACUUUUGUAUUCAUGUGAACUGUUACAGACGUAUCUGUUCCUGGCCUAUGCAUUUAAACCAUUUCAGCAAUGAGAUGUUGAAUGUUUUGGUGUUUAAAAAGAACAGCAAAAGACAAUAAUGCCAUCUGUUGUUCAUGUAAUGCUCUUCAUACACUAUCCAUACAGUGGAAAAGGUUAUGUUAAGCUGUAAAUAUGCAUUGAUUCUAGGAGCAUAAUCAAGAGCUUUAUGCUAAUGUUACAUAAAGGGUUUUGCAGGGGGUUGUACCUGUGGUACAGUCUUUAUUUUCAGAUCAUCCAGCAAACACCUUUCUUACUCUAUUGCCAUCUUUGCAUUUCUUACAGUUUAAUAAA